AUGGCACGAACCAGAGGCGCUAAAACUUCCUCUCCGUCCAGCCGAAAGCCAGCGCCGCACGAGGCGCCUAUUCAAGCAUCACCCUCUGAGCCUCCACGGCCAGAAGUUGCUCCGCCACCUGUGAAGGCCACGCCAAAGAAGCGGCAGUCCCCUGUUCCAUCUCCAGAGCCCUCUCCGGUGCCAUCUCCGGCACCGCCGGCGAAGCCUCAAGCAAGCCAGCCGCCACCUUCUGAGCCCCAAAUUCCGUCUGAAACAGCCCCUGAAGUGAUACUCAGGCGUCCAAUGCUCACUCAACCACCAAUUGAAGAGCCUCAGCUGGAACGCAAGAGGAUAUGUCGAGAUGUGUUUACUUUUGACAAAUGGAGCAACAUGACAGCUUAUAGGAUGGAGCAGCUAGAGCUCCCACAGCCAGCUCAGAUGCUAGCUGCUAGGAGAGCAUCUCCACGUCUUACACCUGAGGGUAUACCUAUUGCCUUUCCUUCCAUAGCCAGAGCCCCUCCAGUCCCUCCAGUUACUCCAGCUUCAGCACAGCCCUCCACUUCAGAUGAGCCAAGGAUGGCCAUCCCUAUUUCUGAGUAUAGGGAUUUGUGUCAGCUUCAGCAUCAUCUUGGUCUCCCAGCAGCUGAUGAGCAUCUCACUCCUACCACUGCAAUACCACAUUCUCAGGCCACAGAGCCUCAGGCCCCUCAUGAGCCAGUCACUGAAGAGGUAGAGCCAUCUGCUUAG